AUGGCUUCAUCAGUGGCAACUAAGUUUUUGACGGAUCGAGUUGCUCUUGUCACUGCUUCUACUAAGGGAAUCGGGUUCGCCAUUGCCAAACAGCUUGGCGCUGCCGGCGCCUCUGUCGUCGUUUGCAGUCGAAAGGAGAAGAAUGUGGAUGAAGCUGUCGCCGCUCUCCGCCUCGAAAAUAUCGACGCACAUGGUACAACUGCACACGUUGGAAACAAAGAGGAUCGUACCAAACUCAUCAAUUUCACACUUGACAGAUUCACAAAACUCGAUAUUCUCGUGUCGAAUGCUGCCGUUAACCCACAUUAUGGCGAUUUGAUGUCAGUAUCCGAUUCUCAAUGGGACAAACUGCUCGAUUUGAAUGUGAAAUCGGCGUUCGAAUUGACUAAAGAAGCUGUGCCACAUUUGGAGGCUUCCGGGCGCGGAAAUAUUGUUUUUGUGUCUUCUGUAGCCGGAUACUCACCGAUGAACGAGAUUGGAGCUUAUUCUGUGAUGAAGACUACGUUAACUGGAUUGAGCAAAUCAUUGGCAUUGAACUUGGCCAGGCGGAAUAUCCGUGUCAACACGAUAGCUCCAGGAAUCAUCCAAACCGACUUCUCCCAAGCCCUCUUCUCCGACGAAGCCGAAAAGCAGAAAUGGCUAUCCCAGAUUGCCCAACGCCGAUUCGGUGAUCCUGACGAGUGCGCUGAAGCUGUUGCGUUCCUGGUUUCCGACGAAGCCAGUUACAUAUCCGGAGAGACGAUCGGAAUCAACGGUGGAAUGCAGGCACGAAUCUAA